UGGCCCGAGGACCGGAGCAUGGAGUCCGCAAACGUGUCGUCGAGUCUGUUUGGCAACCUGUCCACUGCGCUGCGGGCGGAGGCGCGUCUCUCCGCGGAAACGCGUCUGCUGGGCUGGAAUGUGCCGCCGGAGGAACUGCGUCAUAUUCCCGAGCACUGGCUAACUUAUCCGGAGCCGCCCGAGUCGAUGAACUACCUGCUGGGCACGCUCUACAUCUUCUUCGCUUUGAUGUCGAUUGUGGGCAAUGGACUGGUGAUCUGGGUCUUCUCGGCAGCCAAGUCGCUGCGCACUCCCUCCAAUAUACUGGUCAUCAAUCUGGCCUUCUGCGACUUCAUGAUGAUGAUCAAGACCCCGAUAUUCAUCUACAACAGCUUCCACCAGGGAUACGCGCUUGGUCAUCUGGGAUGCCAGAUCUUUGGCAUCAUUGGCUCCUAUACGGGAAUCGCUGCCGGUGCCACGAACGCGUUUAUAGCCUACGAUCGAUUCAAUGUGAUCACGCGACCCAUGGAGGGCAAGAUGACGCAUGGCAAGGCCAUUGCUAUGAUCAUAUUCAUCUACAUGUACGCCACUCCUUGGGUGGUAGCCUGCUACACGGAGACUUGGGGUCGUUUUGUGCCGGAGGGUUAUCUGACCUCCUGCUCCUUUGACUAUCUGACCGACAACUUUGACACGCGCCUCUUCGUGGGCUGCAUCUUCUUCUUCAGCUUCGUGUGCCCCACGACGAUGAUCACGUACUACUACUCCCAGAUUGUGGGCCAUGUGUUUAGCCACGAAAAGGCACUGAGGGAUCAGGCUAAGAAGAUGAACGUGGAAUCUCUGCGCUCGAACGUGGACAAAAGCAAGGAGACGGCGGAAAUCCGGAUAGCCAAGGCGGCCAUCACCAUCUGCUUCCUGUUCUUCUGCUCGUGGACGCCGUACGGAGUUAUGUCGCUGAUUGGCGCCUUUGGGGAUAAGACCCUUUUGACGCCCGGAGCCACAAUGAUUCCCGCCUGUGCCUGCAAAAUGGUGGCCUGCAUCGAUCCGUUCGUGUACGCCAUAAGUCACCCCAGAUACCGCAUGGAGCUGCAGAAGCGAUGUCCCUGGCUGGCGCUCAACGAAAAGGCGCCGGAAUCGUCGGCUGUCGCCUCCACCAGCACCACCCAGGAACCGCAGCAGACCAGCGCCGCCUAAUGCAAAUUCCCGCCCACCAGCCAGCACGCCCAAAAAUGCUGACAAUGAUGAUAAACUGAAACGGCAACGAACUCGUAAUACCAAACCAGGGAAAAUUGUAUAAAUCUUUCACGGAGUUUCAGCAAGAUGGCAAGGAGUUAAAAAUGUUUUCUUGUAUGAUUUGUAGUCACUGUUUUGUUUAUCAAAGAAAUAUAGUAAAAUUACAGCAAACUAUGGAAAAAAGC